UGUUUAUUCUGAUUCAACAAAAAUAUUCAUUUUCAGUUGUAUUUAAAUGGAGUAGGAUUUUAAAAGGAUUUUAUACCUUUAUCUUCUUAAUCAGAAAGAAGUAGAUCAAAUGUACCUCUUAAAAAAGUAAUUCAGUCUAAAAUUGACAACUGGAUAACCUCAUUAACCUCACUUUUAUAGCUUUAGAUAUCAAAUCUAGGUAUCAAACUUAUAGAAUCAAUAGAAAAUGUUAGAUAAAAUAUUAAUGGUUCAAUAUUUGAACGUUAAGAACAAUUUUUGUUACUUGGGCUAUAAUUUAACAAAAGAAAUUGGUUCAAAUGCUCAAAUUAAGGUUUCAUACGAUCAAACUAGAGAAAUAUUUCUCUCAGUUGGUCCUCAAAUGCAAAACGUUCGAGAAAACUAUAUAGGAAUAAAUUCGUUAUAUGCCAAAUUCUUGAAAAUUGAAGAAAAUUCUACUGUUGUGCUAACACAUAUAGGACCUGUCCCAAGAGUCAAUAGUUUUACAAUUCAUCCGAUUAGAUCUGAUGACUUUCAUGUCUUGGAUUUACUGAAAAAUGAAGUUGAAAAUUGUGUAUUGAAUCAAACCAGUAUUGUGGGAAAUAAUCAAGAACUUCUCAUUUGGAUUGGUGAAAACUUAAACAUUCCAGUGAAAGUAGUAUAUGUCGAUCCAUCCUCCCCUGGUAAACUUGAUAAUUUGACUGAAUUAGUCAUACUACCUCAAAUGAAGGAAACAGAAAUAUCCAAAACAAAAAAUAAUGAUGAAAAUAAAUUAGUGCCUCAGUUUAAUGGUGAAACAACACUAAAAACACUCAUUGUUGAUAUAUUAAAUACCCCUUCCAAUCUUACUGAUGCUGAAAGAGAAAUUGAGAACAAAAUUAGGAGGUAUUCUAACAGAAAAGGAAAUUUUAAGGGAAGAAUGGUUCCAUGGAAUAGUCUGGAUUCAUAUCAAAUUCAAAUUUGUUCACAUGAAUUCAAUGUGUUCUUAUAUAAAAAGUCAGCUCCUUCAUUGUGGAAACUCUCAGAAGAACCAAUUUUUUGUUCACUUAGUAUUAUUAAUAAUAGUGACUCUAGAGAAAUAUACGUGAGAGUUUUUUUGAUAGAACAAAUUCCAGAAGAGUCAAUAUUGAUCAACAAUAUUUUUGUACAUGAAAAUUUACUAACAAUUCUUAAAUGUGACUUAGGAACUGGGGUUCUAUUGAAACCUUUGAAAAGGAAUGAUAUUUGUGAUGAAAUAGAAGUAUAUACCAAGCAUGAAAAGAAGGAAGUGAAGAAUAUGCUGCAGAAUUACCUUGCUAAUAGAAGUGAACAUUAUGAAUUUAUUGUUAAUGCCGAUAUUCCCAUUAUAUUAGCCAGUAAUAUUAUCUGCAGUUUGAGGUUCAAACCACAUUAUGCAAAAUAUUGUUUAAUUGAUCAGGAUUUCUUGAGAAAUUGUAGAUAUUCAUUUAUAGAUGAGCAUGUACAAGGACUUCCAAAUUAUGAAAAGAUUGAGAACAUUGAUUUUAUUGAAACAUCAAACAAUAAUUUAUGUAACAAUAUACUGGAAAGUAUUGCAAACAAUUUGGUUCAAAAUAUGAGAUUAGGAUGUUACUUAAUAACUGGUGAUAUUGGUACUGGAAAAUCAAAAAUUGUUGAAAAGAUGAAGAAUUCUUUGUGUCAAUGUCCAAAUUUUAUAUAUUCUGAAGUUGUGCAAUGUAAAUCAUUAAAAGGAAAAACAUUAGAUUCAUUACAUAAAGUUUUCUCUACAAUCUUGGAAAAUUUGAUUGCUCAUGAACCUUCAAUUCUUCUUAUCGAUGAUCUACAUAUAUUAUGUAAAAGUAUACCAGACAGCGAUGCUCAUUUACAAAACACAGUGUAUUAUGACAGAAUAUCUGAAAUGUUGUAUUUACUCUUCAUUUCUGUUGUUGAAAACUAUUCUAUUGGAAUUGUGGCUACUGCAGAAUCAAAAAAUAUGUUGAAUAAAAAUAUUUACGAUUCAAGAGGAACGUAUUUGUUCGAGAAACAAUAUAAUAUAGAUGAACUGACUCAGAAUGAUAGAAUGGAAAUUAUAAAAUAUUUCUUCAAAGAUUAUGAGUGUGUGGUAGAUUUCGAAAUUUUUUCCCAAAAAACUGAAGGAUAUGUAUUCCAAGACCUUUAUGACUUGAUUCAAAGAGUCAUAUUUCAAUCUUUGAAAACUGAAAGUAACAGAAUUGAAGAAGAACAUUUUGAAAAAGCAUUAUCUCAAAUGGUUAUUUUAUCACAUAGUGAGAUCAAACUUCACACUCCUGGAGAAAAAGAUUUUUCAAAUGUCGGUGGUAUGGAUGAUAUAAAAAAACUGCUAGGGGAGAGUUUGAUGUGGCCUCUAAAGUAUCCAAAUUUAUUCAACUCUGCUCCACUUCGUUUACAAUCUGGACUUUUGCUGUAUGGGCCUCCUGGUACAGGAAAGACGUUAUUGGCAGGUGCUGCCGCCAAGGAGUAUGGUGUAAGGUUGAUAUCUAUAAAGGGGCCGGAAUUACUUUCUAAAUACAUCGGCGCCAGUGAGCAAGCUGUUAGAGAUGUUUUUGUGCAGGCUCAAGGUGCUAAACCAUGUAUAUUAUUCUUCGAUGAAUUUGACAGCUUAGCCCCAAGACGUGGUCAUGAUAUAACGGGAGUUACAGAUCGUGUAGUUAAUCAGCUUUUGACACAGAUGGAUGGUAUAGAAACGUUGAAUGGAGUUUUUGUAUUAGCAGCUACCUCAAGACCUGAUCUGCUGGAUCCUGCGCUCUUAAGACCAGGACGUUUAGAUAAGCAGAUUUAUUGUCCAUUUCCCGAUAAGGAAUCCCGGCUGGAUAUACUCAGAAUUUUAUCCAAAAAUCUGAAACUUUUAGACGAUGUCGACUUGGAAGAGAUCGCCGAAACCACAGAACAUUUUUCAGGUGCCGAUUUACAAUCCGUCCUGUAUAACGCCCAAUUAUCUAGCAUGGAGGAUUUGCUGAAGUCGGAAAACAACAAGGAUAUAGAGCAGUUGAAACCGAUUACUCGAGAAAUAUUGAAGGCAUCGCUCGAUAAAACACGACCAUCUUUAACCAAGAAAGAGAGACAAAAAUAUAAUUUGAUAUAUUCCAAAUUUCAAGGUAAAUCAAAUAAUGAUUAUUUGAAACCAGGUACCAAAGCUAGUUUAGCAUAAAAGUAUAGCAUAGCUCAUAUAUAUGAAUAUUUUAUUGGGGAUUGAUUGUAUAAAUGUUAUAUAUUUGUUAAAUGAAAUGAAAAUAUAUUUUCAUGUUUUUAUUA